GCGCCCGCCUAUAUCUACGGCCGGGGCGGCCCGCCGCCCGCAAGGAUGUGAGGCGGGCGGCCGCGCAGCCGCCGCUGCCGUGGCAUGCGCCCCGCGGCCCGGGCCGUCCCCGCCGCCGUCCCCGCCGCCGUCCCCGCGGCGCCUCGCCGCGGCCCCGCGGGGCGAUGCUGCCCUGGAAGAGGAGCAAGUUUGAGCUGAUCGAGGGCGAGGCGCGGCGGCAGAGCAAGCCCAAGGGCUACGCGCUGAGCGUGCACUACUCGGCGCUCACCUCGCUGGCCCGCGCCUGCCCCGAGAGCGCCCUGCACCGCGUGGGCAGCAUGUUCCGCUCCAAGCGGAGGAAAUUCCGCGUGACCAGCGAGGACCCCACGUACACCGUGCUCUACCUGGGCAACGCCACCACCAUCCAGUCCAAGGGUGAGGGCUGCACCGACCUGGCCGUCUGCAAGAUCUGGAGCAAGAGCGAGGCGGGCCGGCAGGGCACCAAGAUGAAGCUGACCAUCAGCGCGCAGGGCAUCCGCAUGGCCCAUGCCGAGGACAAGGGGCUGCGGCGCCCCGGCCACCUCUACCUGCUGCACCGGGUCACCUACUGUGUGGCCGACCCGCGCCUGCCGCGCGUCUUCGCCUGGAUCUACCGCCACGAGCUGAAGCACAAGGCGGUGAUGCUGCGCUGCCACGCUGUGCUCGUCUCCAAGCCCGAGAAGGCAAAGGCCAUGGCCCUGCUACUCUACCAGACCUCGGCCACGGCGCUGGCCGAGUUCCGCCGGCUGAAGAAGCGGGACGACGCGCGGCACCAGCAGCAGCAGCUGGUGGGCGAGCAGAGCAUCCCGCUGGUGCCGCUGCGGAAGCUGCUCAACGGGCAGUGCUGCUACAAGCCGCCGGUGGAGCGGAGCCGCAGCGCGCCCAAGCUGGGCUCCAUCACCGAGGACCUGCUGGGCGAGGAGCAGGAGGAGCGGGCCAUGCACUGCGACUGCGAGGACAUCCUGGAGGCGCUGGGCGAGCCCGAGGGCGAGCUGCUCCGCGCCGGCGCCGGCCGCGGCGAGAGCCCGGAGCUGGGCCGGCUCCUGCGCGACCUGGGCGAGCUCAGCCUCGGUAACGACCUGCGCUCGCUGCGCGCCGACCUCCGCGUCCGGCGGCUGCUUUCCGGCGAGAGCACGGGCAGCGAGUCCUCCCUCGAGAGCAACGGGCAGGACGGCGCCGGCCCGCCCGGCAGCGGCGCCGAGCAGCCGCCCUCCGGCGACCCCGAGACCGGCUGAGCGCUCGGCCCCGCCGCGGGCGCCCCGGCCCCCUCCGCCCACGCCGGGGGUGCACGGUUUCCCCCUGGUCCCGCUGAGGGUGCAUGGCCGCUCUGGUCCCGCUGCGGGAGCACGGCUCCUCCGGGAGCCCUCUCCGGCCCCGCCGGGGAUGCGCAGUGCCCUCCGGUCCCGCCGGGGGUGCACGAUCCCCUCCGGUCCCGCUGAGGGUGCACGGCCCCUCCGGGAGCGUCCCGGGCCCUUUCCGGCCCCUCCGAGGAUGCACGGCCCCUCCGGUCCCCCCCGGUCCCGUUGGGGAUGCACGGCCCCUCCGGGAGCGCACGGUCCCCUCCGGUCCCAUUGGGGGUGCACGGCCCCUCCGGGAGCGUCCCAGGCCCUCUCCAGCCCCGCCGAGGAUGCACGUCACCCUCCCCCCCCCCCGGCCCCGUUGGGUGUGCACCGUCCCUCCGGGAGCGCCUCGGGUCCCUCCGGUCCUGCCGGGAGCGCAAGGUCCUCUCCGGCCCCGCUGCGGGAGCACGGCCCCGUCGGGAGCGCCCUGGGUCCCCCGGGCCCCGCCGAGGCUGCGCUCCC